AUAAUAUCUAUCGCGCAAGCUUAAAAAGAGUCGCGUUCUACCUUCGAACAUCGCAUCAAAGAAACACAAUUCAUCUGUUAACUUUGAUUCUUUCAACAACAGCAACGCAGAAUGGUUUGGAGUCAAUUUUACUGCACACUCAACGAAUCGAUUUAGUGGAUAUCAGUGUAGUCCUUUCUCACAUGCAGCUUGUACAUUACAAUCAAUCAAUCCAUCGUAGUUCAUAUUCGACUUCUUUCCCCACAGCUCUGAAGCUUAUCCUCCUGUCAUCAUCAUGGCUACCUUGACUGUUGAACAACAAAUCAAUCAACUAAAUGAUGCCCGGAAACUUGUGCUCUCAGAUGCCAACUAUUACACUCAGAUCAUUCAAGGAAUAUUACCAAUUAUUGGACCGACGGCGAGGGUAGAAUUAAGAAGAUGGGGUGCAGAUUUCCUAGCCGAGACCUUUUCAAGUCCAACCAUACCUUCAUCGCAGAAAGAAACUCUGAGCUUGGUCGUACUUGAUACUUUGAAGGAUAUGAUUGAGAAUCCGCACGAAGAUAGUGCAGUGGUUAAGAGUAUUGUGCAAACAGCAGCUAGCAUAUACCCGCUUGUCGUUCGAUGGAUGUAUGUUAAUUUCUGUAUCUCUACUAGCUUAUGACUAUGACUGGACUUGACCAUUCGAAUACCUUCCCCAUCUGCAUAUUGUUGGAUAGUGUCAAGCAAAUGGCAAUCAAAGAUGGUCCUAACCUGUGUGCCUAAAUAGUAUUAACAAUCCUUACGACAUACCAACCUGGGAUCGCAUGGUCGCAAUUAAGGCUAGAAUACUUCGAAUGUGGGAUACCGCGAAGCCUGGAAUAAGAAUAUGCUGCAUAAAGUUUGCGCAGAGGGUUGUUUUGGUACAAACAACAGGCGCUGAUGCAGAUUCUAGAGUAUGAAAGACACCUGGUAUUCCUAAAAAACCAUGAUACUAAUGUUAUUUUUGCUUCAGCGCGGUGAUCCCCUGCAGGUGUCGUUGUCUAUGGUACCUCCAAACCAUACUCUUCUUCCCCCGCGAAACCUUGAAGCCGAAGCGUCGGGCCUGCUUGAUAGACUUCUGAGCGUCUUCCAGGAAAAUUCUAGGUAUGUUGAUUCUAUUCAAGACUUCUCUUACCUCCACCCCUUCGAAACUGACAUUUCUAGCGAUGCUGUACUUGUUGAUGCAACUUUGAAUUCCCUUUCCAUCUUAAUUCGAGCCCGUCCCCAUAUUGCAAAUAAAAUUUUGAAUGUUCUAUUAAACUUCAAUCCUCUGAAACUUGCCAAUUCUCCAAUGACCCCCAAAUUGCGCGUUAUGGUUAAAUCUAUGGAAAAGACUACUAGAUCGCUACUCAACCAUAUCAGCAAGCGGUAUGUUCCUCUGUCCCUAUAUGAGUAUGUAAGCUGAUGGUCAUAGGGACCCCCAUAAUCCUCUCAACGGGCGAAUCCAGCAAUAUGUUGAAAGAAUGAUGCGCUCCAAAACAGAAAUAUUUGAUGAGGCAAAUAGAAAGCGUGGACCUCCAGAACCGGUGGACGGUCUAGAUCCCGCCAAACGACAAAAGCUCGGUGCGCAAGUUACAUCUCCAGCUCCGAGUAGACUCCAUAUACCACCAUUAGCACCAGGAAAUCACACAGUUGCCGAGCUUUUUACAAUCACAACCGAUGAAGCUCUGAAAGGAUUUGAUGUUGCACUACUAUCAGAGGAUCUAGUUGUUAAGAUUGGCAUAACAAUCCUGCAGAAGAUAGAUACUGACACCCUUGAACAAGCUAUCAGUGUAAGUUUUGCAAGUUCAAUGAAAUAUCUGUACAAAUACUUAUCUGGCAAGUAGGGUGUGAAAGAUAGGCUUCAAGCUCUCUCUGAGCCUAAAGCCGAGGAAAUCAAUGCCGAAACAGCUCCCUUGGGCGUAGAAGAAGAUGAUGAUGACUACGAACCUGAUUUCUACAAUGCCGAGGACACGGAACAAAUUUUGAACAAAUUAGAUAGUUCACCGCCCGAGGAGCUUAAAGUGGAUAUCGAAAAGGUUACCAAUGUGGCCCUUGGACCGUUCACAUUGCCGCCCCCUCCGUCCUUAAAUGCCGAGGAGGUGGCGCUGGUUGGUCAAGGUACCGUUUCUCGAGUUUUCGGUGUUAUGCAGACUUUAGAUGAACCUGUCGCAAGAAAGGCAAAGGCUGGCAUUAAUAGGCUGGCAGCUAGUGCGUAUGACCGAGAUGCGUGGAUUACUAUCAUUACACGCUUAGCAACACGCGCUGGGGCGGGUCUCGAAGAACCCUUAGACGCUGUCAAAAUGGAAUCACCAGAUGUUGAACGAUUAUCAUUAAGUAACACUAUACGGCAAUCUCUUCUUGUAUACAUUCUCGAAGAUUUCCGAAAACGAAUCGACAUUGCAGUUGCUUGGUUGUGCGAAGAAUGGUACAAUGACAAAGUACAAAUGAAGCUUGGAGACGGUUCAGCAGUGCUGCAUUACGAAAAAUGGACACUCAAGGUAUUAGAUGGAAUUUCCAUCUAUCUUGAUGCGAAAGAUAAAGUUUUGACUAGGUUUUUGAGCGAGAUUCCCGGAUUGAGCCUAGAGGUGUUGAACAAGAUCAAAGGGCUUUGCAAAGAUCCCACGAUGGUCAAUUUAUCGCUUACCAGUCUUCUUUAUUUGGUCAUGAUGCGACCACCGGUCCGAGAAUUGGCACUUGAUGCUGUGGAAGAUAUUUGGAAUACAUGUAAGAGUUCAUUCCUGGUUAAACUGUAGCCAUACUAACAACUUUAAAAGAUGAGAAUGCGAAGCCGAUUGCCGCCAAAUAUCUCAAAAAAUGGCGGCCGGGAUUUGAGGAGCGGUUACUCAAAAGCGAUGAAGAAACGAAAUCAAAUGGCAUGAUUGUCAGUGCUUAACUGCACGAAUAAGCUGGGAUUGAACCUAAUUUCAAUGGACAUGUCCUACUUGUAUUUUAGCAGUCCUCACAUUUCAGCAUUAAUCGGCGUAUAAAGGAAAUUUCAUAGGACAUGAAUUAGGACGGAGAUCAAAAAAGAAGGCCAAGUAGGUACACAACUGUAUCAUCUGGGGUUUUUCCUGGGAGGCAGAAACAGAUACAGCGGUACAUAUCUUGCUCGAGUUAGCACCUGGAUCAUACUUUUUAGUACGAUAUCUAUAAUCGAUACAUAAAAUACCAUCUAAGAUUACUUUUU